UUGUUUGGUUUGCGAAACCAGAAUGGUUCGAAUUUCGCAAUGAAUAUUUAACUAAGAACAAACACACAGAAUUUGUGGCGGUGUUGAGAGUUCGCCCUAAAAUUCUCUCCCAGGCACGAGAACCGAGGAGCCGCUCCUCUUGACGAAAUGAGCUUUUUCUUCCGGCGUUGCUCCUCCGACAACGUCUUCUCCUGAUCGGUGCUUGCUGCUAAGGGGAGAUCUCUCAGGUGGACCUCUUUGUCCGGUGACGGAUCUGUUUUUCCGGCGAGUUUUUUUUCACCUAAGAUGACGUUCUCUCCUCUGUCGACUUCGAGCCGCUCUAGUUGCUUACCGAUGUCCUCGGUUGCUUUCCUCAAUCUGAGGCCCACUCGUGCACCACCUCCGGAGCCUCCGUCUCCGCCGACUCCACCAGAACCACCAGAUCCACCAGACCCGCAAAUCUGCCUCUCCUUUGGUGAAUCUCUUUCUCAACCGCCGAGCUUCACUUCCUUCAGCACGUUUGACUCACUCCUCCAACUCUCCUCCGCCAGAGCUAGCUUUCCGUCGACGACGAGUCUUUCUCACCUGCCAGCAAAGGGGCCCCUCACUGUGCAGCCUCCCGACGAGUCUCCUUUUGCAAUCUGUUUCGGAGAUCUUGAUGCUCGUCACUGCCCAACCUCUUCAACCAUAGCCUCCUUCAAUGAUGGUUGUUAUCUCAUCGACGCCUACACCUUCCCUCCUCAGACAUUCCCCCAAUGGUAUUGUUACAGGGAGCAUUGUGUUCAAGACUGUUCUACUUGAUGUAGAAGCGAGGAUCAUUGUUCAAGAUUGUUCUCGUUCAGCUUUUGCUGACUGUUUGGCGUCAGGACUUAUGGAGGCUUUGUUUUCUCCUCCUUGUGGUUUCAACAAGAACUUCCAAACUAAAGAUGUUUGCUUUGUUGGAUGCUCGUGGUUGGAUGCCUCUUUGGUAGAACUUUUUAGUUCACCGUUAUCCCAAAGUCUCAUUUUGAGCUUUGUUGUUGCUGUUAGCUUUUACUCUUGCUCGACCUCUAUGUAUGUCGUUGUUUCGGUUUAUCCGGCUCUUUGUAGCCAUGUUGUAUCCUCUCUUAGUAGAGGUUAAACUCAUUU